AUGAGUGCGCCGCAAUCAGGCUCCCAGAGCGACCGGGAUGCACCUGCCGAUGAGAACCCGACCGCGCCAGUGACGUCCACCCCCCAUGCAGACCGAGACCCCAGCCUGAGCUCAGAGGGGGAGCGCCCUCCAUUACCUCCACGACCAAAUACCCUCAGCCUGCUAAAUAAUGAGUCCGCAACCCGGACAACAUUGCAAGCGGGAGCCACAACGGCCGUGUCGCGGGCGGAGAUCGACUCUCAGACAUCAGAGGGGACAGGAAGUGCAUAUUCAUCGCUAGCGAUCCGCGGUUUGGCCCAGGGCUUAAAAGCGAAAGCAAGUCUCAGCCACCUGGCGAGCUCACGGGGCAGCGAAGCAGGGGACACGGCGAGUAUUCGGAGCUCCGUUCAGAACGGCGAUGUGGGAGAUGUCGAGGCUCUGUUCAAGGACUUUGUCACGUCCGGCCCGGGGGUUCACUCGGGCGCAGGGAGCUUGCUUCAUUUCCCGGAGUUUCCUGCUGACGAUAUGGAUGACGAUGGGUUUCUGACUGAAUUCGAGCCGGUCGGGGAGAUUGAUGAAGAUGCUGGGAACGAGGAUCUACUCCUCCAGCGCUUCAAGGCUAAGCAAAAACACUAUAUGAUUCUCUCCGCGGCUGGAAAGCCUAUUUGGACACGUCACGGCGAUGGGGGUUUGAUAUCCAGCUACGUCGGGGUGAUUCAAACCAUCAUCUCAUUUUACGAAGAAGAUGAUGACCGUUUACGAGCCUUCUCCGCUGGAGAUGUCAAGUUUGUGAUUGUGACUCAUGGGCCCUUGCAUCUGGUCGCAAUCAGUCGGAUGAUGGAGAGUGAACACCAACUUGCCCUUCAACUCGAAGCGUUGUACAUGCAAAUUUUAUCCACAUUAACGCUGCCAUCCCUCAAUCAUCUGUUCUCUGUACGACCUUCUACGGAUCUGAAGCGACCACUCCAAGGAUCAGAGACCCUUCUCUCUUCGCUGGCCGAUAGUUUCACCCGUGGGUCGCCAUCGACUUUGCUCUCGGCGUUGGAAUGCCUCAGGAUUCGCAAGCAACACCGCCAAUCUAUCAACAAUGCCCUGCUGAAGACAAAAGUGAGCAAUCUGCUCUAUGGACUUGUAGUCGCUGGUGGACGGCUGGUCAGCGUGGUUAGACCGAAGAAGCACUCCCUGCACCCAGGCGACCUGCAACUUCUAUUUAACAUGGUCUUCGAGGCCGAUGGAGUCAAGGCGGGAGGUGGAGAGAGCUGGAUUCCCAUCUGUCUUCCUGGCUUCAACAGCAGCGGCUAUCUGUAUAUGUACGUCAGCUUUCUCGACCUCAGGGGUGACGUCAACGAAAAUCAAGACAUCCUGAAAGACGAAUCCGUCGCCAUUGUCCUAAUUAGCCCGGACAAAGAGAGCUUCUUUGAAAUGCAAGGGAUGCGCGACGCUUUUGUCGAACAACUGGAGAAGAAUGGCAGCCUCAAAGUAAUAAGAGCGGCAAUUGACAAAGGCCGACCAGCCACGACAGACAUCGUGCCUGGUGCCGUUCUCCAUCACUUCUUAUACAAAUCGAGGGCGAAUGUGCAGUUCACCAUGUCCUCUUUCGCUCCGACAUUCUCUUCCAUAUCUCGACGUCGAAGACUAAUGUCGAUAUACAAUAACCUUCACUCGAGUAUUCAUGCCAAGAACACCCAUGUGAAGGUGCAUCAUUGCGUAUCUCGAUCAGCGAGCUCAUUCGGUUGGGUGACCCCGUUGUUCGAACUCUAUUGUGUCGCCGAACCCAACGCAAACCGAAAUGCCUUGGUACAGUGCGCCACUAAGAUCGCCCAGUGGGUACAACAAGAAGAGGAACGGCUUUUCAUUAUUGGCGGAGCAGUCUUCUAA